GGCAAAAGGGAUGGGCAGCUGGGACACUGACGUUGUUACACAUAGGACAGAGAGAAAUACCUUUAAAAACACCAGCAGCAGCAUCAGUGGAUGGUAGAAUGUUUUAAAGUUACUCCAGGAUAUUGAAUUUUAGAGGAAAGGCUGAGAAAAGUCUCUAUUUUCUGUUUCUUUGCUUGUUACCCUCUGCUUUUUCUUCGAGUUUCUACAAAACCGCCUCAGAGGUGAUGAACUUUGCUCUCGGCUUCAAGCCUCCAUCAGCCGGCAGUUCUGGGCCCAGUGCAGGAAGAGGAGCCACCAUGGAAAACCUGGAGAAGCAGCUAAUCUGCCCAGUUUGUCUGGAAAUGUUCUCUAAGCCUGUGGUCAUCCUGCCCUGCCAGCAUAACCUCUGCCGCAAGUGUGCCAACGACAUCUUCCAGUCAGCGAACCCUUUGUGGCAGUCCCGUGGCUCCUCCAGCCUCAGUGCGAGCGGUGGCCGAUUUCGCUGUCCUUCAUGCCGCCAUGAGGUGGUGCUUGACCGCCACGGGGUCUACGGUCUGCAGAGAAACCUGCUAGUGGAGAACAUCAUAGACCUCUACAGACAGCAGGAAUCAUCCAGGCUGGUGAACUUAAAGCCAGAGCAGCAGCUUCAGCAGUUGAUGUGUGACGACCACGAAGAAGAAAAGAUCAACAUCUACUGCCUGUCCUGUCAGACGCCGACCUGCUCAAUGUGCAAAGUGUUCGGGAAACACAAAGACUGUGAUGUGGCUCCGCUCAGCAGCGUCUACAUGAGACAGAAGACAGAGCUGAGCGACGGCAUCGCAGCCUUGGUUGCAAGUAACGACCACACUGAGGCGGUCAUCACUCAAAUGGAGGAAACCUGCCGAACUAUAGAGGAGAACGGUAGGCAGACGAGAGAGCAGCUGGCUGAUAGCUUCGACAGUCUGGUGGCCAUAUUGGAGGAACGUAAACAGGAGCUGGUGGGUCUGAUCACCAAACAACAGGAUGACAAACUCAGACACGUUCGAUCCCUCAUACGUCAGCAUGGUGAUGACCUGGAGGCCGCAGUGACGCUGGUGGAGUCGGCGAUUCAGCUGAUGGAGGAGCCACACAUGCCUCUGUUCAUACAGAGUGCCAAAGUUGUGCUGGAAAAGAUGGCAGCAACAGCCCGGACCUCUAACAUCGAGCGUCCAGAGCUCGGCUUUGAGAGUAUGAGCCACUUCACCAUCAACAUCGACAACCUCGCCGUCAUGCUGAUGAACAUUGACUUCUGCCCCAGCGGAGACAACGUGGAAGAAGAUCCUGAGGAAGGUGAAGAGGACUCAGAGCAUGACUUGAGAUUUUAAUUCCACAGUAAAGAGAGGAGGACAUGUGUAAAAAUCAUCUCUAACAAGACCACUUACGUAAAGAGCGAGCUGCAGAGAGUGAAGGAUUCCCCUCACCCACUCAGGAAAGGGACGGCAGCAGUGUAUUCAUGCUGACUCAGUCAAAGACAACAACAACAGCAUCCUCCUCCUCCGUGCUGUUAUGUAUCCGUGUUGAGCGGGGACAUUCGGCCGAGCAGCUUGAGAGUCACUGGUGAUUGUUUGGGCGUGGGAUGAUGACACUGAUCUCAUGAUAUUUGGUCUUUUGUUCUUUUACUCGAGGUCCUCGCUGCAGUCCUGAAGAAAAAUGUAAAAGAGGGAUGGAAAAAGAGGUUUACCAUAAUCCUCAGGAAGAAAUCCACUCAGUGUUGGAGUGAAUUGGACAUGAAACAACAAUGACGACAUGGGAGAAAAAUACAGAAACAAUACCUUUACAUGCGUUUUCCAUCUGUGUUUCCUCCUGCAGCAGCAAAAAAACAAAACAGUUGGAUUUUAGCCACACAGAUCGUCCCUUUUGUCUCAUGUAAAGCACUGUCUCAAAAUAUGUCUGUAAAUGUAUGGCACAGGAAAUAUUUAGAGUGGAUUUUUCCUUUAUUUCCAUCUGGAUUUAAACCCUCUCUGUCUAAAAACUUAGACUACCUUUUUUCCCAUUCUGUCAGAUUUAUAUGUAAUGGGUGGUGAUGCUAUGUAAAUUAAAGACUGCGUGUUUAGGAUUAAAGUCAAUGAAAUAGAAAUGGUUUUGUUGGAUAGAUUCCUUUU